GCCGCGAAGGCCCCCUCCCGCAGCUUCUCCCGCCCCCUCCGCCCCAGAGGGCCGGCUGGCUAAGUCCCUCCCGCUCUCGGCUCUCCGCCUCACUAGCAGCGGCUCUCGGUGCAGCGGGGAUAGGGCGAAGCGGCCUGCGCCCACGGAGUGCACGACACUGCCCGGAACGCACAGCCACCCUUGCCCCCUCAGCCGCCCACUCGGGAUUUCCAGCGUCCUCUGCGCGCGCACGAUGCCCUCGGCCACCAGCCACAGCGGAAGCGGCAGCAAGUCGUCCGGACCGCCACCCCCGUCGGGUUCCUCUGGGAGUGAGGCGGCGGCGGGGGCCGGGGCAGCUGCGCCGGCUUCCCAGCACCCCGUAACCGGCACCGGCGCUGUCCAGACCGAGGCCAUGAAGCAGAUCCUCGGGGUGAUCGACAAGAAACUUCGGAACCUGGAGAAGAAAAAGGGCAAGCUUGAUGAUUACCAGGAACGAAUGAACAAAGGGGAAAGGCUUAAUCAAGAUCAGCUGGAUGCCGUAUCUAAGUACCAGGAAGUCACAAAUAACUUGGAGUUUGCAAAAGAAUUACAGAGGAGUUUCAUGGCAUUAAGUCAAGAUAUUCAGAAAACAAUAAAGAAGACUGCACGUCGGGAGCAGCUUAUGAGAGAAGAAGCAGAACAAAAACGUUUAAAAACUGUACUUGAGCUCCAGUAUGUUUUGGACAAAUUGGGGGAUGAUGAGGUGCGAACUGAUCUGAAGCAAGGAUUGAAUGGAGUGCCAAUAUUGUCUGAAGAGGAAUUGUCAUUGUUGGAUGAAUUCUACAAAUUAGCAGACCCUGAACGGGACAUGAGCUUGAGGUUGAAUGAGCAGUAUGAACAUGCCUCCAUUCACCUAUGGGACUUGCUGGAAGGAAAGGAAAAAUCUGUAUGUGGAACAACCUAUAAAGCUCUAAAGGAAAUUGUUGAGCGUGUUUUCCAGUCAAACUACUUUGACAGCACUCACAACCACCAGAAUGGGCUAUGUGAGGAAGAAGAGGCAGCCUCAGCACCUGCAGCUGAAGAUCAGGUAGCUGAAGCUGAACCUGAGCCAGCAGAAGAAUACACGGAACAAAGCGAAGUUGAAUCAACAGAGUAUGUAAAUAGACAAUUUAUGGCAGAAACACAGUUCAGCAGUGGUGAAAAGGAGCAGGUAGAUGAGUGGACAGUUGAAACAGUUGAGGUGGUAAAUUCACUCCAGCAGCAACCUCAAGCUGCAUCUCCUUCAGUACCAGAGCCCCACUCUCUGACUCCAGUGGCUCAGGCAGAUCCCCUUGUGAGAAGACAGCGAGUCCAGGAUCUUAUGGCGCAAAUGCAGGGGCCCUAUAAUUUCAUACAGGAUUCAAUGCUGGAUUUUGAAAACCAGACACUUGAUCCUGCCAUUGUAUCUGCACAGCCUAUGAAUCCAACACAAAACAUGGAUAUGCCCCAGCUGGUUUGCCCUCCAGUUCAUUCUGAAUCUAGACUUGCUCAGCCUAAUCAAGUUCCUGUACAACCAGAAGCUACGCAGGUUCCUUUGGUUUCAUCCACAAGUGAGGGGUAUACAGCAUCUCAACCCUUGUACCAGCCUUCUCAUGCUACAGAGCAACGACCACAAAAGGAACCAAUUGACCAGAUUCAGGCAACAAUCUCUUUAAAUACAGACCAGACUACAGCAUCGUCAUCCCUUCCGGCUGCUUCUCAGCCUCAGGUGUUCCAGGCUGGGACAAGCAAACCGUUACAUAGCAGUGGAAUCAAUGUAAACGCAGCUCCAUUCCAAUCCAUGCAAACGGUGUUCAAUAUGAAUGCCCCAGUUCCUCCUGUUAAUGAACCAGAAACUUUGAAACAGCAAAAUCAGUACCAGGCCAGUUACAACCAGAGCUUUUCUAGUCAGCCUCACCAAGUAGAACAAACAGACCUGCAGCAAGAACAGCUUCAAACAGUGGUUGGCACUUACCAUGGUUCCCAGGACCAGCCCCAUCAAGUGACUGGUAACCACCAGCAGCCUCCCCAGCAGAACACUGGAUUUCCACGUAGCAGUCAGCCCUAUUACAAUAGUCGUGGUGUGUCUCGUGGUGGCUCCCGUGGUGCUAGAGGCUUAAUGAAUGGAUACAGGGGCCCUGCCAAUGGAUUCAGAGGAGGAUAUGAUGGUUACCGCCCUUCAUUCUCUAACACUCCAAACAGUGGUUACACACAGUCUCAGUUCAGUGCUCCCCGGGACUACUCUGGCUAUCAACGGGAUGGAUAUCAGCAGAAUUUCAAGCGAGGCUCUGGGCAGAGUGGACCACGGGGAGCCCCACGAGGUCGUGGAGGGCCCCCAAGACCCAACAGAGGGAUGCCGCAAAUGAACACUCAGCAAGUGAAUUAAUCUGAUUCACAGGAUUAUGUUUAAACGCCAAAAACACACUGGCCAGUGUACCAUAAUAUGUUACCAGAAGAGUUAUUAUCUAUUUGUUCUCCCUUUCAGGAAACUUAUUGUAAAGGGACUGUUUUCAUCCCAUAAAGACAGGACUACAAUUGUCAGCUUUAUAUUACCUGGAUAUGGAAGGAAACUAUUUUUAUUCUGCAUGUUCUGUCCUAAGCGUCAUCUUGAGCCUUGCACAUGAUACUCAGAUUCCUCACCCUUGCUUAGGAGUAAAACAUAAUACACUUUACGGGGUGAUAUCUCCAUAGUUAUUUGAAGUGGCUUGGAAAGAGCAAGAUUGACUUUUGACAUUGGAUCAAAUCUACAAGUCAGCCCUAGAGUUAUUCAAUGGUAAUUGACAAAACUAAAAUAUUUCCCUUGAAGAAGGAAGGAGUGGAGUGUGGUUUGGCAGAACAACUGCAUUUCACAGCUUUUCCAGUUAAAUUGGAGCACUGAACGUUAAGAUGCAUACCAAAUUAUGCAUGGGCCCUUAAUAUAAGGCUGGCUACCAGCUUUGACACAGCACUCUUCAUCCUUGGCCAAACGACUGGUUACAAACACAUGUAAAUUGCUUUUUAACAGCUGAUACUGUAUAAGACAAAGCCAAAAUGCAAAAUUAGGCUUUGAUUGGCACUUUUUGAAAAAUAUGCAACAAAUAUGGGAUGUAAUCUGGAUGGCCGCUUCUGUACUAAAUGUGAAGUAUUUAGAUACCUUUUUGAACACUUAACAUUUUCUUCGACAAUGACUUUUAUAAGGAUUGGUACUAUAUAUCAUUCCUUAUAACAUACAUUGUCUGUCACUAAUCCUCGGAUCUUGCUGUAUUGUCACCUAAAUUGGUACAGGUACUGAUGAAAAUAUCUAAUGGAUAAUCAUAACACUCUUGGUCACAUGUUUUUCCUGCAGCCUGAAGGUUUUUAAAAGAAAAAGAUAUGAAAUGCCUGCUGCUACCACCCUUUUAAAUUGCUAUCUUUUGAAAAGCACCAGUAUGUGUUUUAGAUUGAUUUCCCUAUUUUAGGGAGAUGACAGACAGUAGUUUCAGUUCUGAUGGUAUAAGCAAAACAAAUAAAACAUGUUUAUAAAAGUUGUAUCUUGAAACACUGGUGUUCAACAGCUAGCAGCUUAUGUGGUUCACCCCAUGCAUUGUUAGUGUUUCAAAUUUUAUGGUUAUCUCCAGCAGCUAUUUCUGUAGUACUUGCAUUUAUCUUUUGUCUAACCCUAAUUGAAUUCUAUCUUUUUCUCAUGGAGGCAUUUAUAUUCAAAGUGGCGAUUCCUUCACUUAGAUGCAUAGGGAGAGUCACAAGUUUGAUGGAGAUGACAGUUUAGUAAUUUAUGUACUGUUGGAAUUUGUGCUAGCAGUUUGAGCACUAGUUUUGUGUGCCUAUGAACUUAAUGCUGCUUGUCAUAUCCCACUUUGACUUCAUGGAGAAUUAAUCCCAUCUUUUCAGCAAAGGCUACUAAUACUAAGUUAAUGGUAUUUUCUGUGCAGAAAUUGAAUUUUGUUUUAUUAGCCUUUAGCUACGGAAUUUUUCCAGUAGGUGCUCAGCCACUGAAGAAAAACAAAAACAAAACACAAGAACGAUUCUCAAACAUUCAUUGUUAGACAACUGGAGUUUUUGCUGGUUUUGUAACCUAAAAUGGAUAGGCUGUUGAACAUUCCACAUUCAAAAGUUUUUUGUAGGGUGGUGGGGAAUGGGGGGGUAUCUUCAAUGUUUAUUUUAAAAUAAAAUAAGUUCCUGACUUUUCUCAUGUGUGGUUGUGGUACAUCAUAUUGCAAGGGUUAUACGUUUACUUUUACAAAUGAGUAUUUCUUUGGCUAGCACCUCCCGUUGUGUGCUUUAAAUGACAUCUGCCUGGGAUGUACCACAACCAUAUGUUAGCUGUAUUUCACGGGGAAUAGAUAAAAUAUUCAUGGUUAACUGGGUAAUCCCUAGAUGUGUAUGCUUACAAUCCUUCUAUAUACAAAACUAAAUUUGCUAUCUGUGUAGAAAAUAAUUUCAUGACAUUUAAAAUGGAAGUAAAUAAGUGAUUCUUCAUA